GAACUGCUCCGCCCCUGGAAUCAGGCAGUAUCGCGAUCACAACAUAAGAGACAGUUGACAGUCGGACGAUUUCUGCGAAUUAAGAAAUAGCCUAACUUAUCUCUACUCUCUGCUGAUCAAAUGGAUAGCUCGGAUAUCAGGGGAUACAUUCAAAGGUUUGAAGACCAAGGAUACAAAACAUGGAUCAGAACUACAAUGAUCUUGGAGUGCCUCAAAACGCAAAUGGGCAGGUUCUUAGAAAACGAAACCGAGGUUUUUCACAACGCCUUGAAUGGGAAAAUCAAGCUGAAGGAAAAAACGUGCAUUGGUCCGACUAAAUGCGAUUAUAAGAAAGUGCCAACCGUGAAAUCGGCUCCUAAUAAAUUGUGUCGUUUGUGUGAUGCUUGGAAAGGGGAGAUUUUGUCAGAGCACAAUAACCCUAACCCCAAGAUGGUGCAUUGGAUUAACACCACACCUUACCUGUGGCCUUCACAUAAGUGGGAGGUGGCUAAGGUCUACAUGUCGCGUGGCAAUAUGAAGCACAAGUCUGUGGAUGACUUUGACAUCUCAGCGUUCCUCACUCUAAUGACAUCCUGUCGACACUUCCAGAAGUUUGUGACAGGCCAUAUGCUCACAGAGGUGACUAAUGUGAGGAACCAGAUCAUGCAUUCUGCCAACUUUGCGGUGACUGCUGAAGAUUUCCAGGAUUACAUGGGUCGGAUCAGGGCUCUUGGGGAAGCGUUGGGAGAAAAGGUCCCAGAAUUCCAGAGCUUUUCCAAGGACAUGGCUGAGAUUCAGAACAUUAAUUUCCAGCUGCAUUUUGGACGCGAUCUUGUGGUCCGACAUGAAGGACAUUCUACAGACAAAUAUGAUGUUGAAAGUAUUCUGAACAUGGAGUUGAAGAUUAUGAAGGACAAGAUGGAGUAUCUAUCUCAAUUGUACGAUGCAGACAGAGAGAACAUGCUCACGUCAGAGGAGCUGCAGAAGGUGAAGAGCUUCUUGGAUAUGAACCAUGACCUCCAGGAGAAGCUGCAGCCCCAGUGGCAGAGGCUGGAGGCUGUGCAGGCCCAGCACGGACUGCAGAUAAACACCCUCACCGAGAGAGUGGGCGAGCUGGAGAAGCACACAGUCGUCACUGACGAGGAGUUCAGCUCCGAAACCCUCAUGUACAAAAACCGUCUUUUGGAACGUGCCAAAAAAUACAAAUGGGAUAAUCCCGUGUUCUCUGAACAAGACGAAAGUGCAGGGUUCAGGGGUCAGGUAGAGGUCCACGGUGAGACAUUCCUGGGGUCACUGGUGUGUAAGUCGAAGGCACAAGCACACCAGGCAGCGGCAAAAAAAGCACUGCAAGAGCUGGCCACUGUGAUAGCCAAUGAGGAAGCAGCUUUAGGUCAAGCAGCCAAAUCACAGACAGCAGGGUCCUCUUUCUUUGCAGCAGUGAUGGUGUCCCUUGCCGUUGACGUCUCCCCAGAUAAGGGUGUCUCAGCACCUGUGGACAGAGUGGAGUAUGUUUAUGAGAAACUAGUCUCUUUGUUUGGACUUGGAGCUGCCGAUACAGGUUCCUCCAAUAAGGAGAAGGUACUGCAGUACUGUACCAGGCUAAAGGUCCUGCCCCCAGUGGAAAGGAGCUCAGCCUCCAGCUUUGUCCUGAGACUCAAUGGGAAAAUUACCUUCUAUGACUUGGAGGGGUCCGGGUCGAAGGCGGAGGCAGUGCAGCAGGCAGCGAGGGCGGCCCUGGAGGCUCUGUGCGGGGUGUUGGACAAGGCUGCUGUCAACCAAAACAACCACAAAGGAGCUCUGCAGGAGCUGCUGGUGAGGUUCAAACAACCCCUUCCGGGGUACCUCGUGACGGAUAGCCCGGCAGGCCACGGGGACAGGGUCACAUGGCUGCCAGAAGCAGACCCCACGGGCGGCCUAGCGGAGGGGUCAGGGCUCCGUUACCAGGAGGUCGAAGGCACAGAUGAGGGGGCUCAUGCUGAGAUUGGGACCCCCAUGAAACGAAUGAUAACGGAUCGUUCUGACCGGCCCAGCAAAAUGUCUAAGGUUCUGCCGUCGACGGCUGGAGGUGAACGACCGGAUGGGGGGCAGGUCUUAGGCUCCGUAGAAGUGACCAUAAAGGUUGACCUCCGACCCCACCAGGCCGCUGACCCAGAGGGGGCAGUAGGAGCUGCCUACAGUGACCUGAUGAAAGCCUUGUCUCUGAGCCCUGCACCUAGUGGUGAAGAGAAACAGGCAGUUCUGGACUUCUUCAGAGAAGCUCAAUGUUGCUCCCCUGUGGAGAAAAUAGAUCAUAGACCUGAUGGAACGUACAGCUGUUCCCUGAGAAUUGACGGGAAACUAACCUUCCAGAGUCCAGAGCGGUCCACCAAAAAGGAGUCUGAUUCUCUGGCAGCCAAGAAGGCCUUCGCUCACCUGGAGGGGCUGCAGACGGUGAAAGACCUCAAGCUUCCUGGUGAGGUCAAAGGCAGACUGCAAAAGGUGGCGGCCGACCUUGCAAACAUCGGCUCGCCUGUGUAUCGUACCACAGACGCUGGCAAAGUUAUAGAUGGGGGGCAGGUCUUAGGCUCCGUAGAAGUGACCAUAAAGGUUGACCUCCGACCCCACCAGGCCGCUGACCGGGAGGGGGCAGUAGGAGCUGCCUACAGUGACCUGAUGAAAGCCUUGUCUCUGAGCCCUGCACCUAGUGGUGAAGAGAAACAGGCAGUUCUGGAGUUCUUCAGACAGACUCAAUGUUGCCCCCCUGUGGAGAAAAUAGACCCUAGACCUGAUGGAACGUACAGCUGUUCCCUGAGAAUUGACGGGAAACUAACCUUCCAGAGUCCAGAGCGGUCCACCAAAAAGGAGUCUGAUUCUCUGGCAGCCCAGAAGGCAUUGGCUCACCUGGAGGGGCUGCAGACGGUGAAAGACCUCAAGCUUCCUGGUGAGGUCAAAGGCAGACUGCAAAAGGUGGCGGCCGACCUUGGAAACAUCUGUCACCCGGUGUAUGAUACCGCAGAUGCUGUUGAAGUUACAGAUGGGGGGCAGGUCUUAGGCUCCGUAGAAGUGACCAUAAAGGUUGACCUCCGACCCCACCAGGCUGCUGACCAGGAGGGGGCAGUAGGAGCUGCCUACAGUGACCUGAUGAAAGCCUUGUCUCUGAGCCCUGCACCUAGUGGUGAAGAGAAACAGGCAGUUCUGGAGUUCUUCAGACAGACUCAAUGUUGCCCCCCUGUGGAGAAAAUAGAUCAUAGACCUGAUGGAACGUACAGCUGUUCCCUGAGAAUUGACGGGAAACUAACCUUCCAAAGUCCAGAGCGGUCCAACAAAAAGGAGUCUGAUUCUCUGGCAGCCCAGAAGGCCUUGGCUCACCUGGAGGGGCUGCAGACGGUGAAAGACCUCAAGCUUCCUGGUGAGGUCAAAGGCAGACUGCAAAAGGUGGCGGCCGACCUUGGAAACAUCUGUCACCCGGUGUAUGAUACCGCAGAUGCUGUUGAAGUUACAGAUGGGGGGCAGGUCUUAGGCUCCGUAGAAGUGACCAUAAAGGUUGACCUCCGACCCCACCAGGCUGCUGACCAGGAGGGGGCAGUAGGAGCUGCCUACAGUGACCUGAUGAAAGCCUUGUCUCUGAGCCCUGCACCUAGUGGUGAAGAGAAACAGGCAGUUCUGGAGUUCUUCAGACAGACUCAAUGUUGCCCCCCUGUGGAGAAAAUAGAUCAUAGACCUGAUGGAACGUACAGCUGUUCCCUGAGAAUUGACGGGAAACUAACCUUCCAAAGUCCAGAGCGGUCCAACAAAAAGGAGUCUGAUUCUCUGGCAGCCCAGAAGGCCUUGGCUCACCUGGAGGGGCUGCAGACGGUGAAAGACCUCAAGCUUCCUGGUGAGGUCAAAGGCAGACUGCAAAAGGUGGCGGCCGACCUUGGAAACAUCUGUCACCCGGUGUAUGAUACCGCAGAUGCUGUUGAAGUUACAGAUGGGGGGCAGGUCUUAGGCUCCGUAGAAGUGACCAUAAAGGUUGACCUCCGACCCCACCAGGCUGCUGACCAGGAGGGGGCAGUAGGAGCUGCCUACAGUGACCUGAUGAAAGCCUUGUCUCUGAGCCCUGCACCUAGUGGUGAAGAGAAACAGGCAGUUCUGGAGUUCUUCAGACAGACUCAAUGUUGCCCCCCUGUGGAGAAAAUAGAUCAUAGACCUGAUGGAACGUACAGCUGUUCCCUGAGAAUUGACGGGAAACUAACCUUCCAAAGUCCAGAGCGGUCCAACAAAAAGGAGUCUGAUUCUCUGGCAGCCCAGAAGGCCUUGGCUCACCUGGAGGGGCUGCAGACGGUGAAAGACCUCAAGCUUCCUGGUGAGGUCAAAGGCAGACUGCAAAAGGUGGCGGCCGACCUUGGAAACAUCUGUCACCCGGUGUAUGAUACCGCAGAUGCUGUUGAAGUUACAGAUGGGGGGCAGGUCUUAGGCUCCGUAGAAGUGACCAUAAAGGUUGACCUCCGACCCCACCAGGCUGCUGACCAGGAGGGGGCAGUAGGAGCUGCCUACAGUGACCUGAUGAAAGCCUUGUCUCUGAGCCCUGCACCUAGUGGUGGAGAGAGACUGGCCGUUCUUCAUUUCAUGCAACUAACUAAAUCUCGCCCCCCUGUGGAAGAUAUAAAAAUGUCAUCAGAUGGUACUUACAAAUGUGCUCUGAAAAUCGACGGCCCGUUCAUCUUUCAAAGUCCAGAGCGCAGCUCCACCAAGAAGGAGGCAGAGAAGGCGGCCGCCGGGCAGGCCCUGGGGCACCUGGAGGGGCUCCUGAGGGCCCACCGCCGCCCCCUUCCUGUGGGGGACAACCACAAGAGCAGGCUCCAGGAGCUGCUGAUGUCUGGGCUAGGGAACGCGGUUCUGCCCGCGUAUGCAGCCGUCGACGCCAACGAACCCCGCCACACAUGACUGACGCACGACCUCGUAAAGGGGAAGCGGGCGCUGGUCUUUUGGUUUUGUUUAGCCAAUGGGAUGUUUUUUUCUGCGGGGGUUGCAGGUUCAUUACGUAACGCAUUGGGAUGGUUUGUGUAAUCAUGGGGCUUCACUAAUUAACUAACCAUCAUCGUAUAUACACUUGUUCUAUGAGUUUUUAUGACAAAAAAAAUUACAUGAGAGUGACAAUACUAUAGACAUAGCGUUUUAUUAGCAUUCCUUUGCUUGAAAAAGCAAUAUUUAUAAUUUCUUCAGCUUUUUUCUCUCUGUUAUUGCUGCACUGACUUCUGUCAGUUUUUACAAUGUUGUGAAUUCUGUCUGUAUGUGUUUGUUCGUACCUUCCUUAAUCUUUUUAUAAUAUUAAUGUAAACCUGUGUUUAGCAAUGCCACACUUCACCCAGGUGACUUUUAGGCCCCGUUUACACGAAGGGAAAACGCAGAUAUUUCCACGCGGUUUGGCCUCAUUUACACGAAAACGCAGUUUUUAUCACAGAAAACGAUCAUUUCUAAAAACUCCGGCCAAAGUGGAGAUUUCUGAAAACGCCGGUUAUGUGUUGUCGUGUCAACGGGGAGAAACGGGGUUUUAGGUUCUGAAGAGUCACAUUAUGCGCCAGAAAAAUGCUUAACGCCAUAUGAGCGCCCUAUGUUUACAGUUUGUUUGUUACAGGAAGACGCUCGUGUUAUUCGUUGUUGUUGAUUCUGAGGAUUCUGAUUGGCUUGCAUGGCUUUAUCCGUCUCCCUACACUGCCGCCCAUAGGUUUGGCAUAGUUAUAAUGGCGCUCGACGGCGUAUUUAUGCGUUUUGAUGUAAACGACAACUUUUUUGAAAAAGAUGUGUGCACAAUGUUAUUUUCAGCCUCAUCUGUGAGCUCCCUGAGCAAUAGUACCAAUUAGGAUCAAUUUGGCUGUCAUGUAAUGGAAAUAAUCAUUUUUUUUUCAAUAUAUCUAUUCAUAUAUAGAUAGAUAUAUAGCUGAUAUUUCCUUCAUGCCUUUCCUUCAUACUGUAUUCUCUGUCUUGUUGCAGUAAAACCAUGGUCUUUGCUGAUGCAUGUCUUUUACUGCAAUCCACAAAAACUCUUAAUAAAGGCUUGAUUCCACUACCACACAUUCUGUUUCCUUCUCAAACAUAAUAGGCCUAUGCAUUUACGUUGUUUGGGUAAAACAAAGGCUUGUAUGUGAAAACCGCUAUCAGCCAAUGGUAUCAGCCUAUACUAGCGCCUGAAUAUCUGUAUGGGGAAGGGAAAGUUGGAUCGCUGCACCCCAUGUUUGAGAGGAUCUUAGGGUCUAUUGUGGACAGCACUUCUAAACCAGGCCAUGAUUGAAUACAGGGGUACACUCACAUACAGUCCUCCAAACCCUAAACACGCAGUGAGACACACAUGUUUUCAUACACACACCCAAGAAACACAGCUGCACUCGGAUUGUUAGUCAUUUCUUUUAAUGAGAACCAGAGAGCCAAGAGACGUCCCAUUGGGGACACAAGUAGGACAGUGACGGUCAUCCAAAAUGUUUGGAUGACAGCAUGACCUCACCCAUUGCUCAGAGCAGUGGUGAGUUCAUGCUGUCAUCCGUACUGUUUGGAUGGAUGGAUGAGGCGCUCAUCCCUUUAAGGGCCACCUGAGGAACACAAGCCACACAGAUCCCAUUGAGAAACAUUGGGCAGGUCAGAGGUCCUGUUUCAGCUCAUCGGUUGAGCUCUGCGUGUCCUCCACCACGGUGAUGUCCUCCUCAUAUGCAGCCUGGA